CAUUUUUCCUUAUAAAUAAUAUCUUUAAAAACAUGGCCGAAGCUAUUAUUAAUGAUUUUCAUAAUUAUUUAGAAAAUUUGAAGUCAAAAAAUAAUAAACAUAGCGAAGAAUUAGAUAUGAAAUGCAGAGAUGAAGAAGAAAUCCAUAAAAAAAUUUCAAUAGGCUUUAAUAACCAAGAUUGGACACAAUGUAAAAGUAACUUUGAAGUGCUAAGUAAUAACUCAAAAGAAAUGCGCAAAAUUAUGAAAAACCAGAGCAAAAUUACCGAAGAUACUUUCUCUCUCACCGAAAAGAUAUUAGUAUCAACCGAAAAGAUAUUAGCAUCAAACAAAAAUAUCGAAGGGAGAUUAGCAUUAUUGGAAAAUACUAAACAAAUUUUACGUUAUAGUGAUUGGGUCGUAAUACUUAUUAAUGAAAUAAUAGUACCAAAACUUAUGGGUGAUCAGGAUGAUUGGGAUAGAAUAUCUACUAUUUUCACGAAAAGUAUACUUGAAGAUACUGAUCAUUAUGUACUUGAGAAUGAAGAAGAUGAUAGACUCUUCGAACGGUUAGUGGAAAUUUUAGAUCAAGUUAACAUAACACUUGGAGAGUUUGAAUAUUUGGUUAGAUUGAAUAAGAUGCGUAAUACCGAAUUUCAUAUAAAUAAUCAACCUCUGUGUGAAGCGAAAAAACAACUUGAAAUGACAUUUCCUGAGCAUCUUGAACAUUUCAAGGAACCGUUAAAGAAGGCUCUUUACGCUAUCGAAGUUCAGUGGAAAAAUAGAAAAAGAGAUGGAAAUAGAAAUGGAAAUAGAAAAAUAUUUAAAAGGAAUCAAUAACUCAAUAACUACGACUUCUAAUCUUAUGUGAUGGCAUAUUUAUACUUGAGGCAAUAAAGCAUAGCAGUAGGGGCGCGAGUAUAGUGUUUGUUUCGG